GCCGCCUAUCGUUGAGUUUGAGGGACAGGCGUCGAGCGUCGAGAUGGCGACCGCCGCCACGACGGGCAGCGCGCUGAGCAUGAAGCUGCUGGUGGACACCAAGGCGCAGCGCGUGCUGUUCGUGGAGGCGAGCAAGGACGUGGUGGACUUCCUCUUCUCCCUCCUCGCCCUGCCGGUCGGCACCGCCGUGAAGCUGCUCGGGAAGGACUCCAUGGUCGGCUGCGUCGGCAACCUCUACGGGAGCGUGGAGAAGCUGGACGGCACCUACGUCCAGCCCGGCGCGGCCAAGGACGCGCUUCUUCACCCCGUCGUGCUCUGCCCGGGCGCCGCUGGCACCAACAUGCUCAUAGACCAUCAGGGGCUCCAUGCAGCUGCCGUGAGCCUCCAGCGGAGUGGAGUUUGUUGGGGAAGAAGCAGCAGCAUGCAGAUGAACGUGCAGAGUGCUGGACGCCGCCGGCACUACCCUCCUGGUGGCCGGCAGUGGUGGACGGUCUUCUGGACCCUUGGCGCUUCUUUAGGAUCGGCAGUUGAGAGACCAUCAGGGGCUCCAUGCAGCUGCCGUGAGCCUCCAGCGGAGUGGAGUUUGUUGGGGAAGAAGCAGCAGCAUGAAGAUGGACGUGCAGAGUGCUGGACGCCGCCGGCACUACCCUCCUGGUGGCCGGCAGUGGUGGACGGCUUGCCGGAGGCCACCUCUGGCGGGCAGCCCAAGGCGCUCUACAAGUGCAGCCGCUGCAACAACAGCUUCGUGUCGGAGACUAGCAGCACCAACUGCCCCUCGUGCGGCUACAAGAUGACCACGGCGUUGCGGUUCGUGUCAGGAUCCUGGGGCCAGACGGCUCAGGCGGCGGCCGGCGUCGUCUGUGGGAAAGGGUUCGUGCAGGGCAUCGUGACGUACACGGUGAUGGACGACCUCAGCGUGAACCCCAUGUCAUCCAUCUCCAGCAUCGCGCUGCUCAACGCCUUCGCCGUCAAGGACCUCGGCGCGCUCCAGGAGAAGACCGUGCAGCUCGGCUACAAGGAGGGUCUGGCGAUUCUCAGGGCGUCGCUGCAGUCCAAGACCGUCCUCACCGACGUCUUCCUCGCCAAGACGCAACUCCCAGGCCGCGCUUGAACACCCGGUUGC